AUGUACACAUCUCUUUACGCUGUCGUCAAUGCCAAAAUAUGUUGCCGCAAUAGCAGCAGCAGCAGCAACUGGCUGCUCAACGAACUGUUGCUCAUUAUGAAACAGCAACAUAAGAUGGGCGUGAAACAUCCGCAUGUGAUAUUUGAGGCACGCACUAAAGCCAAUAAAGGAUGCGCCAAUUCGGGUAAUUUAGAUUCGUGGCGCAUAUCGCGGCGCACGAAACAUCUUUCAGCGGGUGUCAUCGAUGAAAUUCAUCCGAAUGGUGCGGGCCGAUAUAAGCGCGAUGUACGCGAGGCGACUAAAUACAUCGAAACCGCCAUCAUAGUGGACAAAGCGAUGUUCGAGAAGCGCAAUGGCAGUACACGUGCCGAGGUCAUACACGACGCCAUACAGGUGGCGAACAUUGCCGAUUUGUACUUUCGCACGCUCAAUACCCGCGUAUCGGUGGUGUACAUAGAGACGUGGGGUAAGAACCAGGCCGUCAUCGAUGGCAGCAAAGACAUCAGCAAAGCCAUAUCGAAUUUCAAUGACUACACAUCGCGGAAUCUCUUCCAGAUCGAACGCGAUACUACACAGCUGCUAAC